AUGGAACUUGAAGUUGAUAGCUAUGUUUAUAGUAGAGAAUAUGAUGAAAUAAUUUACGAGUCUGAUACGUCAGACAUCAAAUUGUGUGAUAGCAUACUUAGUGUUAAUUAUGGGAAAUUUCUAAAGGUUAUGAGUGGAAGCAAUUUUAAACCUUUAAAAAGGGAUCUAUUUAACAACACAGAUAAUAAAUUUUGUAGGAAAUCAGUCGAUGAUAACACAACAAGUGAUAAUAUAAAUAUUAAUGAUGUAACAACACUAUCUGCCAGAUGUCCAACAUAUUUAUCAUAUGUAAAAUGCAUAUAUUCAAAUUAUAUCCAACCUCUAUCAUAUCAUACACAUUAUAAAACGUAUACAAAUGACUUUCUAAAGUUUAUCGAUGAUGGAAUAAAGAGUGAGGUUAGAUCUGUAUUUGUGAAAACUAGGGGCGGUGAUCUAUCUUUCCAUUUGAGACAAGUAUUAUUUCAAUUUUGUCAAUUCAUAAGUUAUGCAUGUCCCAAAUUACUAGAUUCAUUUGCCGUUAUACAUAAAUUACAAGGUCAAGAUUGGUAUAAUAACUUUGCCUGCAGCGCAUUUGAUUACAUUACACCUAUAGGCAAUUUUAAUGAUUUAUUUGAUACUUCUAUUGAAGGUGUAAAUGAAAUAACUGUGAAAGAAUUUGUUAAAUUGGAAAUUGACGCCUAUAUUAAUUUUGAAUAUAGGUCUGAUUAUAUAAAGGACUGGCAACGUGGAAAAAUUAAUAAUAAUCUAAUUUAUACAACUAUAGGUACAUUGUACGAUGUCCCUAUAAACGAUCAAUUCAAUUUGAAUGAAUUUUUCUUCGAAUAUUGUGUUGAAUUAUGCGCCUAUUUGUCACGACUAGCAAACUUGAAGAAUUAUUAUUCUAAAGAAGGAUUGGCCAGGUUUUAUUUUAUCUGUGCACAUAGGGAAAUUGAUUGUAACGUUAUUUGUGGUGUAUGCAAUUAA